CACACCCUUAUAACCCCCUCUCUUCCAACGCCCUCCUUCCUUUAUAACUCUCCCCCCCCCCUUUACCCUCUUUGUCAACAACAGUGUUCCCAUAGGAGAUAAUAAAAAUCCUCUCAUCAUUCUGCCUCAGCCUCAUUGCAUCCCACAAACUAUAGGAUCCUCACAUUGCUAGCACCAUGAUCAAGACCUUGAAUCCUUACCCAAAUCCAGCAAAAACUGCUGAGAUCAUGUCAAGGUACCGGCCAAUAGCACCAAAGCCUGAAACCUCUCCAAACUCCAUGAGUGAGGGCCCUUCUUCCUCUUCUCUCUCCCAGAAGAUCAAGCAAUCUCCUUACCUUAGGAAUUUAUGGCCACAGCUUCAAGCCAGACCCACCAGGACCAGAAAGAGAGGUAGAGCUCCUUUGACACUACCCUCUUCCUCCCUCAAGAGACACAAGACAACACAUCAUCAUGUCCUAGGAUUUUGUCCCCCUUGUCAUCAUGUUGUUACAUCAUCAUCAUCAUCCCCAUCCAAAAACCUUUCCUUGCAGGGAUUUGCUCCUCCACACCCUCUUCCUCAUCAUCUUGGAGUGCUCAAUUGCACCAUGGAGAAAAACAACACCAAUCCAAGCUUAGUGACACUUCCACUCCUUCCAUGCUCUCCAACAUUAACAACCAAGCCUUGUGCGGGUGAAGUCAUAAACUUGAACACCAAAGUGAGUGUUCCUGAAGAGAAAGAUCUCUUGCAACAACUUCAAAAACCAGUUUCCAACAACAUUAUUAAUGUCAUAACACCUCAACCAAUUCGCCCCAUUGGUUCUUCCAUAAGCGUUGUGUGCAUUAGUGAAGACUCAACUCUGUCACCUCUUGCUCAAACACCAAAAAAACCAAACGAGGUUGAACAAGAGGUUGAGAAUGAAGCCUUGCCAACUGUCAUAUCAGACUCAAACCACAGAAUCAGGAUGGCGAAUUCUGCAUACAAGGAAAUGGUGGGCCAGCCAGUGUGUCCUUGGCUUGAAUCCAUGGGAAACCUACUUCAAUGCAGGAGGAUCAGUGGUGAGGUGACACUGAAUCUCAGUGACUCAUCAACUGUUAUUCCAACUUCAUCAAACGGUUUCUCUUGCUGGGUGAGGAUAGAGUGGCUGAGUGAACACAACAAUAAGAAGAAGAACUGUAUCAACGCAUUCUGUGAUGUGAUGAAGUUGGCUUGUGAAUCCAGGGAUUAUCUUUUCACAUGGAGGUUCCACACUCGUACUACCAGGGAAGCUUCUCAAUCAAGUUGCAACGCUUGAAAUUAAUUAAUAUAUCUUAAUCAAUGCACAUAUAGUUUUCUAGCUAGCUAGACUCUAGUACCAUGAUCGAUGAUGACUAGCUUUCUUGUCUGCUAUCGAUAUACAUAUAUGUACAUGGUUAUAUAGUAUUGCUAUUAGGGAUGAUCAAAUAUAGUUUUGCCUAUGUUUCUUUUUACUAAAAUGUCUUGAUCAGGACCUUGUUCUUCUGCUGAUAGAUAAAAAAUAUGUAUCAAGAACCAAGCUAUUUAGUAUUUAAUUACUAUAUAAACUCUUUUCCAAGUACAAA